AUGUCACUUUCCCCGCUCCAAUCACCUCCAGCACUUCUCAUUCCUCCACCCAUCGAGUAUUUGCCGCAGCCAGAAAGCUCUGAUACAUCACGGAAUACAUCUUCGGAGCGCAAGCAUAGCCCUCUUCGCAAACGAAACAAGAAGGCCAGCGCAGAGUUUGCACGUCUCUUGACCCAAGGACUCGAAGGCAGUGAGGUCCGGAAUUUACAAAGGGUGCUGAAUACCGUGAAUGAACAAUUGAGGGUGGAGAAGGCUAGGGCAGACGAGGCCGAGAAGAAGGUUUUUGAGGUGCUGGUACAACUGAGAAGAAUAAAUGACGAGAAGAACGCAGCCUUGCGGGAAGCCGCUACCGCCAAAGAGAAUGUUAAUCAAUAUAAGCUUCGCUUGGAGCAAGCUCAGAAUGAGAUAUUUAGGGCCCAGGAUAUUCUGAAGAUUGUAGACGGGCAAAGACUCGAGGCCGAGAAGAUGGCUGCUAAGGACCGAAGUACUGCGCAUAAGCUUCGCGAGGAGAAUCUAGUAUAUCUAGCGAGAGAGGAAGGGAGAAAGCAGGGAAUGAAGGAAGGUUUUGAGCGCGGCAGAGAUAUGGGGUAUCAUGAAGGUUACGCACGUGGCCAUUCUGCAGGGAGGUAUGAAGAUGACGAGGAGGAAGAAGAGUAUUAUGAUACCGGAGAUGAAGCCGACAUGUCACCCUUGUCCGACGAAUCGCAGGAAUACGACGACCCACCACCUCCACCACCUCGCGAUCGCAAUGUCCGUGCGUCGUCGGUGCCACCUGUGCCUAUCCCUCCACCGUCCAACAGUGGAAGCAAUUCACGGCCUACCCCCAGACGAAGUGGUGUUCUUUCGCCCGACAUUCCAAUACAUGUUCCGCCAGAAAGCGACAUCCCACUUUCUGGUCGGGACUCCUACAUUCAUCUCCCACCUCCGCACGAAUAUAAUCGCCCCCCGACGAUGCCUCCCGUGUCGUCACCUCGUCCUUCGAGUCGCGGGGCAGGGGACGAAACGCCUCUCCGAGUGCCUCCCCCAGAGAGCGUGCGCUCUCGUCGGUCAGUUCGCUCCAUGCGAUCGAUGGAUCGAAUUCGCCCAUCUUCACCUGAGUCCAACUCCACAACCAUUUCACAAUUAGAGAUGGUAAACCAUCCUGGUUCCUCUUUCGGCCGUAGUCCCAUGAGUAUCAUCCCUGAAGUCCUCAGUGCCCAAGCUAGCCCCAAUCCCAGCACUCUGCGCGAAGCUUCAAGUAAACCUUCUAUCCGCACUCCUGCUAUAUCAGUGACUCGAGUUCCACCCUCGCCUCGCACAGCUAUGGCCAACCUGGCGGAAUUGGAACAGGUUGCAAUGAGAGGCGUUUACACGCGGACACGUUCGAACUCUAGCUCUUCACAAUCAUCCAGUGCCAAGAAAUCUCGAGCUCCCUCGGGUGACCGGCGUAACAGUCAGGCUUCAAUGAACACGGUACCCGAUAUUAAUAUUGAGCCGCCGUCCCGACCCCCAUCUAUGACUCGCAGGUCAAGCUCUGAGAUACAGGCUCCUCCCCGUCGCAUGGGUGAUCUGCUUAGCCCAGAAGAUGCUAACCGUAUUCGAGUGCUUCCACCAGAAUCAUCGACUGCACGGAACUCCGCUCCUUCUUCUACGCCCUCCAAUCCUCCGGCAGCAGCAUCCGCUGAGGGUGCGACCCCCAUCGUGCUGCCGGAUGGACAGUUGCCUCCCUUUUUCGUUGCUACUACAUUCACCCCCGCGGUACCUCAACACGAUCUCCUCCCUCCUCUUUUUGAGGCGUCUGGGGGCACUGGCUCAGGAAUGCCUGGCGGACUCGACUACCCUGAGGGCGGCGCUCCAGUGAUACCUGAUGGGUCGCUUCGCAGAGGCAAUGUCGAAGAAUCUACUAGCAGUUCGUCCUCUGACAGCCUCGAUAGUGACGCAAAUACGUUGACUACGCCACCUCCUCGUUCACGCACACCUCUGACCAGCUACACCGGGACGUCUCGGCUAAGUGCUGCGGGUGUACCACUGCCUCCGUCUACUGUGAGCGGGACCCCCAGAACGAAUGUCAGUUACUUGUACAAUCCAGCACCUAGUGCUGCGGGUGUGCCAUUGCCUCCGUCUACUGUGAGCGGGACCCCCAGAACAAGUGCUAGCUAUUUGUACAACCCAGCACCUGACUCGGAGGCCCCCUCGAGGACUGUGAAGAGGGCUCCUUCGAAAGCCUCAACAGUUCGCACGAGCCGCAGCAGUCGGAGGUGA